AUGGAGUGGCAUCUCCACGCCUUCUGCGACGUUUCUGAGCGUGCGUUCGCAGCCACCCUCUACGUUGUGGUGGCGCCUCUGAAGGCUGUGAGUUUUCCCAAACUCGAGCUAUGUGGGGCUUUUCUUCUUGGGCGACUGAUCGCUGGCACUCUGCCGCAACUAGAAGCUCAACCAGCGCAAAUACAUUGCUGGUGCAACUCGCAAGUAGUUCUGUCUUGGCUACAGUCGCAUCCAUCAAAGUGGAAGGCACACGUAGCGAACAGGGUCAGCGAGAUUUCCACCUUGCUGCCCACUGCUGUUUGGCGCCACGUCAAAUCUGUUCAGAACCCUGCGGACCUAGCUACGAGGGGAUGUACCCCGCGACAGCUGCAGAAAUCCGGGAUCUGGUGGAGCGGGCCUGAGUGGCUGACUCGGCCACAGACCGAUUGGCCCUCCAAAAUUGUACUCGAGGCCACGGAACUGGAGUCGCGCGGUCGAGUUAACGUAUGGCUGACUCGACCCGACCUUCCACUUUCCGUCUGGCUGCGGAAAUUUUCGUCCUUUGACAGGAUGUGCGCGAUUCUCGCGUACGUUCACCGCUGGCUACUCAACUCGAAGCAGGAACUAGCCUUCGGAUCAUCGACACUUCUCAGGCUGGAGGCGUUCUCAAAAGAAUUCCGGAGCCUGGCCUCGAGAGGGGAGGUUCGAUCUGGCAGCCCCCUUUGUAGACUUCUGCCAUUUGUCGACACUCACGGGUUGAUCCGCGUUGGUGGCAGACUGCAAAACUCUUUUCUCUUGGAAUCCGAGAAACAUCCUGUCAUUCUCCCCAAGGACUAUCACGUCACCGCUCUCCUUAUUCGCAAGGCUCACAUCUCUACUCUCCAUGGGGGUUAUAGACUAGUACAUAGUUAUCUAUUGCAGAGGUAUUGGAUCCUGCGCGCCAACACGUCGAUACGACGCAUUGUGCGGAGUUGCGUCAGGUGCGCGCGUCACAACGCCAUCACCCUCGAGCAGCAGAUGGCACCGCUGCUGGCCAUCCGAGCUAAAUCGGCCCUACCAUUUGCGCAUUCUGGAGUCGACUUCGCCGGCUACUUCUGGGUAAAGGCUUCACCCGGGCGAAGUCAAAAGAAAUCGAAAGGAUACGUGGCGGUGUUUGUGUGCUUUGUAGUCAAGGCCAUCCAUUUGGAGCUGGUCUCUGACUUGACCACCGACGCAUUCUUAGCAGCAUACCGUCGCUUUACCGUCCGGCGUGGUCUCUGUCGGGUCAUCUACACCGACAACAGUACCACCUUCAAGCCACCAGCGAGGCCGAACUGCAUAGACUCUUCUUGGAGAGCUCUGCCAUCGGCCAAGCUGUAG